CACAUGCAUAAGCACAAACGAAAUGAUGGUAUCAUUCGAUGUCAAAUCCUUGUUCCCAAACACUCCGAUAAAACCAGCUAUUCACCAACUAGAAGUUUGGCUGAAUAAAUUUAACACCACAAUUGAUUGGAGGGCCAAAGUGAGACAAUACACUAAAUUGGCAUCACUAUGCAUGGGGGAAAAUUAUUUCACAUUUCGUGAAAAAUUUUAUAAAACCACAGCGGGAGUCUCCAUGGGCAACCCAAUAUCACCACUGGUGACGGAAAUGUUUAUGGCAUACGUUGAAACAAUCAUCGAAGAAAAGGGGAUAAUGCCGAGGAUUUGGUUCAGGUAUGUCGAUGAUGUAUUUGCCAUAGUUGAAAAGGACAGGGUAGACAACACGUUAACAGAAAUUAAUAGGAUACACCCGAAGAUCCAAUUCACAAUAGAAAAAGAAGAGCAUGGAUCGUUACCAUUUUUGGACCUACGAGUAAUUAACAAUAGCGGAAAACUCGAAUUCGAGAUAUACAGGAAGCCAACGGCAACCCAAAGAACGAUACCAGCAACCUCGGCUCAUACCGCAACACAACAAAUGGCUGCCUACAACUCAAUGGUGCACCGUCUUUGCACAUACCCCCUAACCAAAGAUGGCUUCAAUAAAGAAAGAAUGUUCAUACUUGAUACAGCUAUCAAGAAUGGUUACACGGUCGAAGAAAUCGAAAGGCUGAUCAAGAGAAAGAAAGACCAGAUAUGGAAGAACCAACAGUCAACAUUGUUCGAGCAAGAAAGCACUCUAGCUGAUACUAAAUGGGUGAGCAUACCAUUAUCCAAUGACUUUUAUAGAAUAAAAUCUCUCCUAGGGAAAUACAAUAUAAAAGUGGUUGGAUCAAGCAGAGACGCAACCCUUAAAAAACAAUUAGGGAGCGAAAAGGACCCAUUAACGGAAGGGGAAAAAAGUGGGAUCUACAAGAUCAGCUGCAAUGACUGCGAGAUGGUCUACAUUGGCCAGACAAAACGCCUCAUCACUACUAGGUUCCAAGAACACCUAAAGGAAGUAGAGAGGGGAGAAAGACGAGGAGCCAACACGGUGCGUUCUUCGGUUGCGAUGCACGUCAUAGAGGAGGGGCAUUCUGUGACGAGGGCAAAUCUUGAGCUGGUACGAGAAGUGAAUAAGCCACACACCUUGGACGCAUGGGAAAGCUUGGAAAUAUUGCGAAAGGAUGCGGCAAAAUUGAUGAACACAGAUGGAGGGAAUUGUGCAUCAAGGCUAAUCAAAAAACUCGCUGACAAAUACAGGGACCGCACCACCCACUAACUAUUGAUAAUUGACGGCCAUGAACCCUAAAAGUUAUUAUAUUAUCCCUACCUGCAUGUGGACCUUUUUACGUUUUUCUCUUUACCCUUUAGAAUCUGUACCCACAUACGGAUCUUUAGCUUUUAAGCAACUUUUUAUAAUCUGUCCCUACAGACUUUUAAUUUGUUUUAUUUAAAAAUUCAGGAAAAACUUCCCAAUGAUUUAGUAGCUUAAGUACUGAGGAAGAAAGUAAGUAGCUUUCGAAAUACGUAUUUACUAACUAUUAAAAUAUAUUGUAGUAGGAGCAAGCUACCUAGUUUUAUUUUUAUUUAGAAGAACUACAAGCAUCGGAACGAUAACUAUUUUAACACUCCUCUAUCUUUCAGCCCAUAUCAGAAACAAGAUCAUUUUCGAAAAGUACUAAUUGAUAACUUUCAUUGGAUAUCCCAUAUAACCAUAUUUAAUGAAAAACAAGUCGGGAAACCGGAAGCUGGACGCUUCAGUAAAUUUACAGGGGAGAGUCAACUUUGAGCUAUUGCAACUUUGUUAGUAAUAGUAUGAUUUUGAUCAAACUUGGGGAUAAUGUACUUCAUAUUAUAUUUUAUACUACUACCAACUUCUAUAAUUCUGGCAUAAACUUGAUGGCGGUUUUACUCAAUUUCCCUAAAAAUACGGUAAUAUACUAUUAUUAACUUAAUUUGAAUAGAUAUCGAUAUGGAGAGUAUUUUGAGGCCUCGACACCAUAUAGAGGCAGCU